GUCAGCCCUUUCAAGGUGACAGGACCUUGCGCUGCCCGGUUCAGUUCACUAAGCGUCGUUGCCUGUGAAUCUGCCGCCUUCCGCCGCCAGCUGCCUGCAUCCCUUCAGACAACCAUCUGUGCCACCACACUCCGACGCCCGAUCGAAUCAUUCCCAACGUCCUGCACAUCAUCUGAGCUCAUCUUUGCUUCGCUUUACUCUUCCCUCAAUUUAGCUACUGGAUGCUCUCUCCGACCGUGCUGCAUCUCGAGGAUUCCAUCGCGGGGCGCAUAUCGGCUGCAUCACGAUACCCCGCGACUGAUGUCAGCCACCAACGAAGCAUAUUACCAUGGCCACGCCUACAACCGCGAGCAAGGAGGCGCCGCCUCAAAACGCCGCAAAGGGGCCCGAGAUCAAAUAUGAGUACAUGUUCAAAAAGGACAAGAGUCCCACAGAGCAGCUCGAUGCGCUCCUGAGAGCCAUUGCUCGUCACAUUGCCCUCGAAAUUGGCGACAAGACCGAGUACACCCUGACGCCAGCGAAGCUUGCCGCCUUCUACAAGGCUGUCGGCGGCGACUAUGAUGCGUUGUUCGUCCAGAACGAGCACAAGUCGAUAAGUUGGAUGUGGCAGAUCACGGGCUGCCAACACAGUCUCAACCCAACCGACGACGACUUUGCGCCACCUUCGAUACCUGCUCUCACACCUAGGGGCUUCUGCCGCUGGGAGUCACUCGAGAUCCUCCUCGGUCCGGACGAACACGUUCCCUUCCUCCAAUACGCGGUCAAACACUUCAACCUGAAGCACCCUGAAACAGGUGCACCCUUCCCACCCAACCUGCCGAGGACAGUGUUCCCUCAAGAGCCAGACGCCGAAGUCGACCGGUGGCACAAGCACUGCGCUGCGCAGCUAAACGAGGCGGCAGCGAAAGAAGGCGCAACAGACGACCAGACGUCACCGGAGCCAAAGCCAGGCAGGACGAAGCCGGCAUCAGACCGUCCCGAAUUCACCGAGCCUAAAUAUGCCUACGUUCAUGUCAACCAUUCGAAUUCGUCGUCAGAACGCCAGCAUGCGCGUCCAGGCGCUCAGCGCGCGAGACCAUUUACCUACAGCCACGUGCCAGGAAGAAGCGCAAACCCUCCAGGCGUGCGUGUGCCUGCGCGCUCGCCCCAGCGAGAGCAUCGGGAGCCACCGCCUGAUGAUCGUGAGAGACGAAAGAGCUUCUCUGACUAUCCGUCGCCAUCUCAAGAUCGAACACCUGGCAGCUCACAUUCCAAUACGUACGCAUCAGGCCCUUUUCUUGACCCUAACGCAAAGCGCCCCACAAGCGGAUCUCGACGCCAUAGCCAUCCUCGACCCUACGAUACGGAUGAGUCUGAAAGCGAGCCGCAGCCGGCCCAUCAAGUAAGGAGACGACAAGCCAGUCCGCAGCCGGGCAGAAAGUACCCGCCGCCCUCUUCUUCGAGCAUUAGACCCUCGCGGUCGCAGCGUGGCGAAACGCAGGGUAAUGGCUUGAAACGACACAGCAACAAUAGCCCGUUAGGCAGUCUUAGAGGGAUGAUAAGUGAAAAGGUCUCUGGUGUUUUCGGGUCUAGUCGCCCCGCAGAGCGGCCAAGGACCGACUCGAGACAGAACUCAUACGCCGAUUCACCCCGUCCAAGGCGGAGUCCACAACGACCACCGCUCGCAUCUCGGGCCCAGCGAGGGGGUUUCUCAGAUAUUGACUCGGAAGAAACAUCCGAGCCAGAGACGAGCGGCGAGGAUCUACGCCGACGCAGGCGCAAGGACGAGAGGGUACGAGACGGUUACAAAGCAAGGCCGCCCCCGUAUGAGCUAGACCGCGAACUAGACGAUGACGUAGACUCGGGCGGUCGCAGAUACAGACCAAGCAUCCGCAGGCCCGAGGUCUACAGACGGACGAGCAGUCAUGCCGAUAUCGACCGUCGGCGGGAUCAAGCUGGCUUUGACCCCCGUGGUAGAGACAGGUUUCGGGACGACAGGAGACGCUAUGACAGGCGCUCACCCAACGAGGGCGGCUCCACCAGCCCUAUGACCGGAGUGACCGGAAGGCGAUACCCAGCCGACCCGGUGUAUACAUGAAUGGCAUGGAAGCGAUGGAUGGAUUAUGAUGGUACGAACAUAAGCAUUUUGCACCUGGCAGUGAUUUUCAUCAUGUCCAGUUCUUAUCCAUCGUUUGUUACUCCGGGAGAAGCUUGUGUGUUGAGUCGCAGACGUUGGGACCCCUCGACUCCUGGCUCGUCUUAGGCACCUACACCCUUUGCACAAGCGCAUGCGGCACAGCACUGCAGCUCGAUCCGCGUUCUCUUCAUCC